UCUGCAUUUUCUUUUAAAAGCAGAAAAAAUACCUAAAAGAAAAGCUGGAAAACUUCUGUCCGAGUCAUCCAGAUGUAAAGGACAUCAAGAUUCUGGUAGCUGGACCAACUGGAGCAGGAAAGUCCAGCUUUAUUAAUUCAGUCAAUAGCGCCUUUCAGGGACGGAUCUCCUCUAGAGCACUAGUUACAGAUUCUGGUUUUAUUUUAAAAACGUAAGUAUUUGCCACCUAUAACUGCACAUCUUUUACAAAAGACCCAGAAAUGUCCAGUUGACCCACACUUGGGCGUUGUAAGCAUUUUGGCUAAUCGUAUGAGGAUUUCUUCAAAGCUGUUCACAAAUAUGUUUGGUCAUGAUUUGCAGCUCAAAGGAUUCUCCAUCAGAAGUGAGAAAAAAAUAUUGCCCUUCAUCUUCAAGGACACCAUGGGCUUGGCACCUGAAGCAUUGGCAGGGUCGCAAACAGAAGACAUCAUCAAUGCUGUGUUUGGCCACGUGACGGACGGCUAUAAAUUCAACGAAAGGCAGGCACUCACUUAUAAGGAUCAGCAAUACACCUGUGACCCCAAGCUCUCCGACCAGUGUUUCUGCCUGGUUUACGUCAUACCGUCAGAUAUAUUCCAAUACAUAGAUGAUCGUCUUAUUGACAAGCUGAAGAUCAUCCGUCAAAGAAUCAGUGACAAGGGGAUUCCUAAAGUAAUUGUCAUGACUAAAGUGGAUGAAGCAUGUCCGCUGGUCCAAAAUGAUCUGAGGAAGAUGUACACUAGCAAGAAAAUCAAGGAGAAGAUGGAGUUGUGCAGUGCUACAUUGGGUGUGCCACUGACAAACAUAUUCCCUGUGAAGAACUACCACAAUGAGGUCAACACAGAUGAUGACAUUGACGUUCUGAUACUAAAGGCUCUUGAACAGAUUGUUCAGCUUGCUGAUGAUAGAUUGGAGGAUACUGAUAGCUACUGACAAAAAUCAUUUCUGCAUUUCCCAGUAUAGCUUUCUAAUAAACCUUUCUUUGCUCACCAUGAAUAUUGUAGGCUGUGUGACAAAUUGCUUAUGUUUCUCUAAUGUAAGAUGCUUUGGGUAAAAGCACCUGCUAAAUGCAUAAAUGUAAACUUAAAUUCAGGAUUCAGAAUUAAGCUAUGAGUAUCGAAGUCUUUGGCUUUGACCAGCAUGUGCAUCUUAUUUCAGCAGAUAUACUUCACUGUUGCAAAAUGAGUCUUUUAAUGAACCUCUAUUCCAGUGGCUACUGUGAUUUCCCAAGUAUAUAUGGCACAGACUAGUAGCCCACAAUAAUACUCAAACAGUGGCUAAAACAGCAGCAUAUGGGUCAACUGCAAAUUAAGAUGUCUGAGAUGAAGAAAAAGAUAUUUUUAAAAUAAAGGUUCCAAGCUGAAAAUGUA